UUAGAUUAGAACCUGGUGGCGUUCUGAUGGUAGUUAUAAUGCAACAGAUACAAGACUUGCAAUUAUUUAGCAGCUGCUCGUCUCUGACUAAGCGGCAUAAAAUUUUGUGUAACUUCCGCCAAUCUCACUUGUGAGCAUUUACGUAGGCCUCACUUCCUCAUUUUGGGUGCCCCCCCCUCCUACACAUGACUUAUGAUUGGUUAGCCCGUUCAUAAAAGGGAAGUCUGCAGUGCUGGAUAGUUAUCAGUAACAUUCCAGAGGAGAAAUGUACUGGAAGAGGAAAUAACCUUUGUCUUGUUCCCUUGUACAAGGGACAGACAUGUCCUGUUGGCCAUGGUGUUUACUGUGGCUGAACUCGAGACAGACAGAAUUACAUGGGCGUCUUUGUCAGGGAGAAGGGACAUUCCAAGAUCUUCACGUGUGGAUUUGGCUUACGUGUCUUUCAAGACUGACACAUUUGUUUGGUUUCUAGGAGGACUUCUUGAGAGAUUCUUGGUGACCCAACCUCUUGGUUUGUCUUGGUUUGAAGUUGCCUUUGCUCGGAACUCAGCACUAACAUUUAUUUACCAGCAGAGGGCGUACUUUAACAAGAUAUUUGUGUUGACAUAUAGCCUCAUUGUUAUGCAUUGUUAAUUUCUGUGUUAUUCAAUUUUUUUUUUAUUUCUCCUUUUUAGUCAUAGUUUAAUUUAAAGUAUUUAGUCUCUUAUUGUUAUAAUAGUCUAUAACAGUUUCAUGGAGGCACGUCAAGGCAUCAUGAGCACUAAAGGAAAUAAUUCAGGAAAUUAAUGAGUUGUCGACAUCUUCAGAGUCAUAGUUGCCUCCUUUAUCCUUAAGCAUGGACUGUAUCCUCACCUAUUUGAGAAGAAAUAAAAACAAGGAACGUUUGACUGACUAAUAUCCACAGGUGUAAGUACCACCUUCAUUUUCUGAGUUGAACCAGGAAGUUGCUCAAAGAAUAUAAAACCGGUCGGGUGGCUCCUCGCAAGUUGAAAAAAAACUAUUUGACUUGCAAACAGAAAUACAGGUUUCAGAGCGGCAGAGGAGCACGCAACAGCGAGAGUGGAGAAAAUGCUGAAAACACUUUUUCUUUUCCUGUCACUUUUUGCCUUCCUCAGUCUGGUUUUUUAUGCAGUCUUUUUGUUCUACAGACCAAGCAUUUAUUCAGGUGUUCUUACUAUGCAACAGCCACUGUCAAAAAAGAACGCAUCGUUUUCUUGGAAUUCAAGAUUGAGUGGUCAGGCCCUGAAUGUGACUCCUGCCUCUGGAGAAAGGACUAUGGAGCCCUGCCCUGAAACCCCUCCAAACCUCGUGGGUCCUCUUCAUGUAGACUUUGAUUCUGAACGGAGUUUAGACCAAAUUCGUAAAGAAGUUGGUCAUUUUCUGCAGGAAGGAGGACGGUACAAGCCGCAAGAAUGUAUCUCAAAGCAGAAGGUUGCAGUCAUCAUUCCUUUCCGAAAUCGGCAUGAGCACCUGAAGCACUGGAUGUAUUACCUCCAUCCCAUUUUGAUAAGGCAGCAGCUAGACUAUGGCAUCUAUGUCAUCAACCAGGAUGGAGAUGGAAUUUUCAACCGGGCGAAGCUGAUGAAUGCCGGAUUUUCUGAAGCACUGAAGCAAUAUGACUAUGAGUGCUUUGUCUUCUCUGACAUAGACCUGGUGCCCUUAGAUGACCGCAACCUCUACAGGUGUUUUGACAAUCCAAGACAUUUGGCUGUGGCUAUGGACAAGUUUAACUUCAACUUACCCUACAACACCUACUUUGGUGGGGUCUCCUCACUCUCCAAGCAGCACUUUUUAAAAAUCAACGGCUUUCCAAAUGGUUACUGGGGCUGGGGUGGUGAGGAUGAUGACAUUUACAAAAGAAUCAUCUUCCGUGGAAUGACUAUUUCCCGGCCAGACUUGAUGAUUGGAAGGUACAAGAUGAUCAGACACCAAAGAGACUUGCACAAUGAGCCUAAUCCAGUGAAUCCUGACAAACUGCAAAAAACACAGUUUACAAUGGAUCAGGAUGGGCUUAAUUCCCUCAGUUACACCGUCAAAAAGAUUGAGAAGGAUAAGUUAUACACAUUUAUCAGUGUGGAUAUUCAGGCUCCAGCAGGCUGAAUGAGGAAGUGCAUCGGACUGUUGAUUCACAGGAAUCUUACAAUCUAGACAUUUGAGGGCUUCAUGAAUUCUCUUUCAUGGGUGGACCUGUGUCUUUGAAAUGUUAUUGAAACCCAAGUGUACUAUUUACCGGAUCUUAAUCUGUCUUGAUCAGCCAGGUGAUGCAAACGUUGACAAAUAUAAACUAUUUAUUGUGUGAAUAUACAUAGAAUAUAUGGGCAGAAGCCACAUUUCACAAUUUAUGGCUGUGUAAAUUUUUUUUACAUCUUUUGAAUUAAGAUUUUUAUCUGAUAUGAUACUACGAACCCCACCGCCCCCCCCUCCCAAAAAAAAAGAAGUCAGAGAAUGGCAGUG